UGUGUCGAGAUAUAUAUUGGAGGGGUGGAAUCAGCUCCACAUGUCGUCUCGGUGCGCGGUCCGCUCUCGAACGAAGCCAAGAGGAACAACUCGACACGCCAGCCCAGUCACAGUCAUAGCAGUACAGCUCUCGAUCAGGACGGCCACAGCACAGCAGAGCAGCUCUCUAUAUGCUCCUGUUGUAAUAGAGGCUAUCUAGCUCGCCAGGUUUCUCCUAUUUGAUUGCUUGUCUACCUAUACACCACAGCAGUCCAUCGCUCGUCGAUAUACUAGCCACGUACAGCCGGACACCCACGCACGACAGUUUCGCCCAUUUUUCUUCUGCUCGGCUCCUGCCGCCGUCAUCAAUCAUUUAUUUUUCUUCAUUGACUCGUUUUGAUCCUCGUUGAUGGUCUUUUGUAUUGUUUUGAUUGUCCGUCUAUAAGAUAUCUCGUCGUCGUCGUCGUCGUCGUUUUCAUCACUCUACUCUGUUUAGGUUAUCUGUAUAGAGUCUAGACGUGUCUGUCUAUUUAUCUUUCAGCGUUUCUCACACGCCUUGUAGAGAUAUUGGCGCGCUUGAUUCUCUUUGAUCAUCGCUGAGUGAUGUACACAACUUGUGCAGUUGAUAAAUUCCCGUCUUGUUAGUGCCGCUCGCUCGCGUCAGAUGAUUGCCUACAGUAACCGCGUCGCACCAGCAGCAGAGCAGCACAUCCCCCAAGGAUGAAUUGAUUUGCUUUGCCAUUUUCCCACUUUGCCCGUUUUCACUCUCUACGUUUUGACAUUGGUGCUGCUGCUACAUCUCUCCUCUAUCUACAUAGCUACCGCUGCUGCUGCUGCUGGAAAUCCUCCUUGAUUUUGGACGACCGAAAGGAUCGUCGUCGUCGUCGUCGCAGCUCCGCUUUGUCAUACGCACAGAUUCUCACACGUGUGCCCCGGAUGAAGACUGGGCGACAGACAUCACCCCACUCAUUUCGGGGGACAUGAACUCUCGAGACAAGUGUGAAGUGAGAAUUAUGUUGCCAACUGUUGUAUAGACAUUGCCGUCGUCGGGGCAUCUACCACCACCGAAGGCAACCAGCAGUGACCAUUUGAUUUCACAAGUUUAUUGGACGCUUUUCAUCUCUUAGACAAAAAGACAAAUCGGGGAAAUAUAGGACGCAAAGUUGUUGAAUCUCAUCGGCGCAAAUCACAAAUUGUUGAAGAGAUGGUGAUGAUUCGGGGGAUCGUAACCAUUAUUUGGUGGUUAUGCUGGGCAAGUUUGGAAACUUCAACUUCGUGGAAAUCUUUCGGAAGCAUCAUAGUAAGUAGUGAUAACAACACUGACAGCAAAAGCAGUAUACAGCCCUACGGAUUAGUCAACAAAUCACACGUCGUCACUUCCGGGCGAAGAUGGGAUUUAAACGAAACGGAAACAUCAUUGCCACCAAAGAUAAACACAGUCAUCACCGCGCAGUCAGGAGACACAGCAUUUCUUCCUUGCCACGUAUCACUGAGGGAAGACCACGGCGUGUCUUGGGUGCGUCGUCGAGAUUGGCAUAUUUUAACGGCAGAUUCAAAAGUAUACUCAAGGGACGAAAGAAUUCGCGUUACUUCUGUUGAUAACACUGAAAAUACUUGGACGUUACUAAUAAAAUACAUCCAGAAAGAAGACGAAGGCAUCUACGAUUGUCAGAUAACAACCAGGAGAUCAGCAUGGGCACAGUCCAUUGAAUUACGAAUUGUUGAACCACAAGCCGUACUGGUUGGCACAGAAGAUAUAUAUGUUGGCGUCGGAAGUCCUUUCACUAUUACUUGCGUCAUCACAAACACCCUGAAACCACCGGAAUACGUGUCUUGGAAUGUUGACUCGAAAUCUUUAAAUUUUGGGAGUCAAGAUCAACACCACCAACCCUCAGCCUUUAAAAAAAGGUGGAAUGGAGCAGGUUAUUCUGUGACAUUUGAUCCCGGUCCACCUUCGGUUAGCCGUCUAAUGGUUAACAGUGCAACUCCAUCUGAUUCCGGGCGUUACACUUGUCAGCCAUCCAGUGGACUUUCAGCUUCCACUCAUGUUCAUGUGGCACUUGGUAAUGAGAUGGCUGCUAUACAGGCUGCCGACACAGCAGGCAGAGGUGGAUGUUUGCGGUGGUUUUUAUUAACAGUUGCCAUUGUUUUACCAUUACUCAACCUCAAUUGGUACGAUUAAUAUUGAGUCAUGUAUCUGGAAAGAAUCCACAAAACUAAUUCUGUUGAUGUUCGCUCACGUUAAUACGAAAAUACUAUGUAUAAAAUACCCUGAAAAUGUUAAGCAUCCAGCACUGGGUGUUGGGACCAAACAAUUAAACCACUAAACGAAGACGUUGAAUGUUAAAGCAUAUUACAGUUACAUAGAUCAAUAAGUGUUUCUUUUUUAUUAUAUGGGCUUAGCAGCGCAGCAUAUGUAAUGUUUAUAACUGCUAGAGUAGAAAUCGUUGGCCAUCUAUGUUCAAAAGAGACUGCGAAAGGAGUUGAUGGUUUCUUUUCAAUGCGGAGCAGUUUCUGAUUUUUUCAUUAAACGACAGAUUCUAUGAUUUUAAUGCGACAACCUACACUUUCUCUGCCGUCCUUCCUCAUUUACAUUGCGCGUGCAAUAUUAUUAUCGCAAUUACUGGUUAUUGAAAGGGGACAAAGUAGUCGUAAUCUGUGCACACUUAAAUCAUUAAAUCAAUUUCCCUAUACAAACUAAAGGACAGAAGAACGGAUGAUAUCCAACAAUAACAUGGCCUGCAUAAACUCUUCAGAAUAAGCUAGCAAUUUUCUUAAUUUUUUAAUUUCUGGAACAAGUCGUUGUAUUUCUUUUGAUUUAUAUUUGCGUUGUGAGCCUUAUUCAAUAUUUUCAACAAAAUAUACACUUUUUAAAAUUACAGUGGCCCUUUUUAUAUACAAAGGACAAGUCCAACAUGAGAUUACUUUAAUAAUAAGGUUGAAAUUUUUCUGUUCAUCUUCUGGGCUGUAGAUUAGGGUUGUUAAAAUUGAAUUGAUUAUUAAAUCUCUGACAAUUCAAUUUACAUCCUGUAUAUUGUUGGCUUGUUGCCUACAGCGUUUCAUCAGUAAUUUCGUGUACAGCAAGAUACUAUAGAAGAGAUUGUUUGACCUUAUAUAUUGAGUAAUACCACUUGGAAUAUUGGUACUAAACCUAAUUCCUUUCAAUUAAAAUUUAUAAAAUAAAUUUGCGAAUUUAAAAUUCCGGAACUAAGUGGCUAAUUAUUUGAAUUAGCCUACUGUAUGUUUACAAUUAUCUGGUACAUUAAUACAUUAUUUAUAAUUAUUUAAAAUCAUAAGAGAAGGCCAAAAUAGACAAUGUAAACGUCUGAAGUUGCCAGUUCGAUUAAAGAAAAAAACAAAAUUUUGUAAACUUCUUCAAAUUUUAAAAACUUCAAAUUUUAUGUAUAAAAUUUGAAGUAAUUUAUAUUUAGAAUAUUGUUAAAAACUCUGUAGCACCCAGAGAAUUACUUUGACCUUAAACCUUAUCUGAUACAAGAAAAAAUAAUUAAUAACCUUUUUGAAAAACAAAAUAAAAUAUAUAUUUGGUUAACACGGAUCGCUGACUCUGACUUGAAUAUUUCAAUCCUUCGUUGGUUUACAUAGAACUGUUUGUAAGCUUGAAUAUUAUAAGUAUGAAUAUUCUAUGUAAACAUUUGGUAAAGUUACAUUCCACAGCUAACUUAGCUUAUAUUGCUCACUUAUGACAAAUUUAUCCAAACAUUACAUUUCAUGUAAUUUAAUAUCCGAAUUAAGAUAUUCCAGGUGCAAUUACAUAUUUUGAAAUCGUUCCCAAGUCUAAUUUGCCGAAUUAAA